GAAGUUCCUCCGUGCUACGCAGGGACCGACAAUGGACGCCCAGAAAGACGUUCAGCCCCCGAAGCAGCAGCCAAUGAUAUAUAUUUGUGGAGAAUGUCACACCAAAAAUGAAAUAAAAUCCAGGGAUCCAAUCAGAUGCAGAGAAUGUGGAUACAGAAUAAUGUACAAGAAAAGGACAAAAAGAUGUAUCCUUUAACCCUACUUUUAAAAUCUGAGUCAUGACUACCAAAGAGU